AUGACAUUUACAGCUUUAAGUCGUGUUUGUGUUAAUUUCGUAUGGAAUUGAAACAGUACCCUAUUUAGAAAAGUUACUAACUGUUAAAGUGACGCUAAAGAAUACUCAAAUCAAAACGAGAUUUUAGUUCACGAUGGAGUCGUCAGCGUUACUGGGCGCAGAGAGUCUUUGUGUGAAGGCGGAGUCCUGUGAGGAUAUGUGUAUAGCAGAUGAGCCCGCGUUCGAGGUUCGAGUGUCUGUGAAAGUUGAGCCCUUGCUGGAUGAUGCGUCUAUAAAAGCCGAGCCUUCGUGUUCAGAUGUAUGUGUAAUAGACGAGUCGCUCGGCGUCAGCGCGGCGGCGGGACUGUACACCGACCACGCCGUGAAAGAUGAGCUCGUGCUCGGCCCCGUGCUAGUGGAGCGGCGCGGCGUGCGCCACGCACCAACAGUGGUUCCAGGUUCCAAUCUGGCUAUAGAAGUGCAGCAGUCAUGUGAAAUUGCCCCCGGGAGACCCUUUCUGAAGGACUGCUUUGUGAGGCUGGAGCGCCUCGCUGUGGACAAACUGUUCACCAGCACUCGGAACACAGGCUGGGACAGCCCGAGACAAAUUCAUGGAGCUGAUGUAGGGUGUGAACUUAAGAAGACCACAGUUGAGGAUCUGAAAGUACAUAUUGAAGGGCAAACUCCACAGAAGAAACCAAGCUGUAGACCCGAGACUUACCAAUGUGCCCACUGUACAUAUACAACAACCAGAAAAAUAUUAUUAAUUAGUCAUUUGAGGAAACAUAUCAAUGAAAAGCCAUACAAAUGUGGCCUUUGUAACUAUGCUAGUGCCUACAAAAUUACUUUUAAAAGACAUACAAUGAUACACACUGGUGAAAAGGCUUACAAAUGUGGUCAGUGUAAUUAUUCUACUGCCCAAAAAGGUAAUUUCCGUGUUCAUGUAAGAAAACACACUGGUAAAAAGCCUUACAAAUGUUGUCAGUGUAAUUAUGCUACUGCCCAAAAAGGUAAUUUGCAACGUCAUGUAAGGAAACACAGUAGUGAAAAGCCUUACAUAUGUGGUCAGUGUAAUUAUGCUACUGCCGAAAAAGGUAAUUUGAAAGUUCAUGUAACGAAACACACUGGUGAAAAGCCUUACAAAUGUCGUCAGUGUAAUUAUGCUACUGCCCGAAAAGGUAAUUUGCAACUUCAUGUAACGAAACACACUGGUGAAAAGCCUUACAAAUGUCGUCAGUGUAAUUAUGCUACUGCCCAAAAAGGUAAUUUGCAACUUCAUGUAACGAAACACACUGGUGAAAAGCCUUACAAAUGUGGUCAGUGUAAUUAUGCUACUGCCCAAAAAGGUAAUUUGCAACGUCAUGUAAGGAAACACAGUAGUGAAAAGCCUUACAUAUGUGGUCAGUGUAAUUAUGCUACUGCCCAAAAAGGUAAUUUGCAAGUUCAUGUAACGAAACACACUGGUGAAAAGCCUUACAAAUGUCGUCAGUGUAAUUAUGCUACUACCCAAAAAGGUAAUUUGCAACGUCAUGUAAGGAAACACAGUAGUGAAAAGCCUUACAUAUGUGGUCAGUGUAAUUAUGCUACUGCCCAAAAAGGUAAUUUGCAACUUCAUGUAACGAAACACACUGGUGAAAAGCCUUACAAAUGUCGUCAGUGUAAUUAUGCUACUACCCAAACAGGUAAUUUGCAACGUCAUGUAAGGAAACACAGUAGUGAAAAGCCUUACAUAUGUGGUCAGUGUAAUUAUGCUACUGCCCAAAAAGGUAAUUUGCAACGUCAUGUAAGGAAACACAGUAGUGAAAAGCCUUACAAAUGUGGUCAGUGUAAUUAUGCUACUGCCCAAAAAGGUAAUUGGCAACGUCAUGUAAAGAAACACACUGGUACAAAGCCUUAGAAAUGUAGCCAGUGUAGUUACGCUAGCAGCCGAAAGUAUAGUUUGGGACUUCAUAUAAGAAAACACACUGGUAAAAAGCCUUAUAAAUGUGGCCAGUGCGGUUAUGCUACUGCCCGCAAAUAUGAUAACUUUAUAAGCUUUUCCAUGCGGAAAUCAGAUCCAAUGUCAAAUAAUCACACACUUUACGCACAUAACUGUGAGGACGAAACAAAUAAGCCCUGUACAUGCCCAUCUAUAGCUAUUACUGACAACAUUAAGUAUUUGGGAGUCAUUAUUGACGAAACUCUCUCUUUUAAAAAUCACAUUGAAGCAUUGUGCAAUAGAGUUCGAAAAUUAAUAUUUGUAUUUAAAAAACUUCGAUCGAUAGGUGAUCAAACUUUAAUCAAGCAAGUAUACUUUUCACUGUGUCAAUCGAUACUAAGUUACUGUAUUUCUUCCUGGGGUGGUACAGCUAAAACAACACUAAUAAACCUAGAAAGAGCCCAGAGAGCUGUACUAAAGGUAGCUACUUACCGCCCAUUCUUAUACCCCACUGAACUCCUUUAUAAAGCAUGUGAAGUACUAACUGUUCGUCAACUAUUUAUAUUAAGCACAACACUUAAGCAGCACACCAAAAUUCCUUUCAACACUGCAUAUACUAACAAAAGGCGCAAAGAUAUUAUAUGUAUACAAACCGUACAAAGAAAACACGUAUUUUCUUCUAGAUUUUUUGUCUUUUUGGGCCCUUAUUUGUACAACAGGUUAAAUUCAAAAUUAGACUUAUACCCUCUUAGCUAUGUUGGUUGUAAGAAUAUUCUACGACGCGCCCUUCAAAACAUGACAUACGAUGAUACAGAGAACUUACUAAUAGUCGUAAAAUGAUUUCUUACUGUACUUUGAUAUAGAAUACUUAAAUAAGUUAUUUUGUUAAGGUUAUCACCCUACCAGAUUUUUAUUGUGUACUAUUUAUAAUUAUAAUUAAGUGAAUAAUUACAAAUUAAUUAAUAUGGUCCUAUUCUGCCUGAAACACAGGAACUCCUAGUUCAGGCAUUUGUAAACUUUUCCUUAUCCUUAAUCCUUAGUCUUUAAGUGCUAACACUGUACUUAUACUGUUUUCAAUAAAAUUAUUUGUAUUUG